AUGCUCACCGGGCGCAUGGCCGCCGCUGGACAGGCCGACCAGGGCUUCGUCCUGUCCUGCGCCACGCUGUCCAUCCCGCGCCCAGCGACCGGACACGAGCGCCUCCUCGGCCUCGUCCAGAAAUUCUGGUCUCUGGAGGAGGUACCCCAGGCGAGAAGGAUCUCUGCCGCCGACGUCGAGUGCGAGGCAGCAUUCGCUCGAGGAUGCAGCCGAGACCCCACAGGGCGCUACACCGUGGCCCUCCCGCUACGACCGGAACGCGUCGCUCUCCUCGGGGAGAGCCUGAGCCAGGCUCGUUCCGCCCUCGCCUCGAUGCACCGCCGGAUGCAGCGGGACCAGGAACUGUCGGGCCGCUACCACGAGUUCAUGGCCGAGUAUGAGAACCUCGGGCACAUGCGGCGUCUCACUGCCGAGGAGCUCGCCGCACAUCAGGGACCGGCCGUCUACAUCCCGCAUCACGGAAUCUGGCAACGUCACGAUCGAGGACGGAAACUGCGCGUCGUCUUCAACGCCUCGAGACCCACAUCCUCGGGAUACAGCCUGAACGACGCGCUACACGCCGGGCCGAAGCUACAAGGGCACGUGGCCACCGUGCUCACUAGGUGGAGGCUGCACCGUUACGCCUUUUGUGCGGACAUCCAGAUGAUGUUCCGCCAGAUCCGCGUGAGGCCAGAGGACGUCCACCUCCAGAGAGUGCUGUGGAGCCAGGACGCAGACUCCCCCGCCCACCACUACGCGCUGCAAACCGUCACUUACGGCGAGGCCUGCGCACCUUACCUGGCCCUCCGGACCAUCAGACAGCUCUGCGCCGACGAGGGCGCUGAGAACGACCUCUACAUGGACGACUUCCUCAGCGGCGGCCACAGUUUGGAGACAACCCGACGCCUCAGGGACCAGCUGAUCGCGCUCCUCACGGCGGGCGGCUUCCACCUGCGGAAGUGGGAGGCCAGCGACCCCGUCUUGCUUGAGGACAUCGCCGUGGACGAUCACCUUCGACCCAGCUGGGUCCAUCUCUCGGCGGACGGACCAGUUACUGAGCUCGGAGUAGGCUGGAGCCCGACCACCGACCGAUUCCGGUUCAAGCCUCCCGCCUCGCCUCAUCCUGGGCUUCAGCUGACUAAGCGCAAGGCCCUCGCCGAGCUCUCCAGUAUCUUCGACUCGGCGGGAUGGCUGGCGCCAAUCACCCUCGUGGCUAAGAUGAUCGUGCAGGAUCUGUGGAGAGCGAUGCUGAGCUGGGACGAGAUCCUCCCACAGGCGUGGCAGGACAAGUGGUCCGCAUUCCGCUCCACGAUCCUCGCGGCCACCGAGAUCGACAUCCCCCGAUGGAUCAGGCUCGCACCCGACAAGAACCUCCAGCUCCACGCGUUCGCCGACGCCAGCCGCCGCGCCCUAGCCGCCGCAGUCUACUCGCGGGUCACCGACAAGGACGGAAGCGUCACCACCGCCCUACUCAACGCUCGGACGAAGCUCUCCUCCAUCAAGAGCCUCCAGCCAGCAUCAACCGGACGCCUGCGCAUGACAAUCCCGCGACUGGAACUGCGCGCGGCUCUCAUCGCCUCGCAGCUUUUCACCACCACCGCCUCCACCCUCAAGUCCGACGAACCGGUGGGGAAUGACCUCGUGGACAACUACAUCGCCCACGUCCAGAAAUUGGUUGCCGGAGCAACCCUUCACCACGUGCCCACCACCGACAAUCCCGCGGACAUCGCCUCUAGGGUCGUCGGUUCAGACGCCCUCAAGGGCCACCGCCUCUGGUGGACCGGGUCGAAGUGGCUGUCCAGCCCCGAAUCCACCUGGCCCCAGACCGCCCUCGCCGACGACCCACCGUCUAUAGGCCCGGACGACAGCACCACCGCCUGCCUGGUCUCGCUCGCUCGUCGCCAAAGCCCUGCCGCCACGGAGGACCAAGCCCGGAACCACCUCGAGAAUUUCUCCACGCUAGGGAGUCUCCUCCGCGGCACCGUGAGGGCCCACCGGCUGCUGACCGGGUCAACGCCUAACUCGCCCAGACCAUUGGGGCCUGUCCGAGCCGCUGACCUCCGCUGGGCCUUUCUCACCUGCGCCCGCCUCUCGCAACGUCAAACCUUCGCGGAUGAGAUCAAGCUUCUUCAAGGACCCGCGCCCCGGCUCCAGACCUCACUCAGCGCGCUGGAACCCUUCCUAGACGAAGACGGACUCCUGAGAGUGGGCGGACGCCUCUCCCAAUCUCCACUGUCCUACGACGAGCGCCACCCCGUCCUCCUGGACGGAUGCUCGCACCUGGCAGAGCUCGUCCUCCGAUGGGCCCAUGCUUGCAGCCUGCAUGGAGGCUUUCGCUCUACCUACGCGAGAGUUCUGCAGAAGUCGUGGAUCACCGGCGGCAAGUUGGGCGUCAAGCGCUACCUUCGCCAGUGCCUGAUCUGCGCCCGGAUCUCCGCAAGGACCACCGCCCAAGGGAUGGCCCCCCUCCCCGCGGUGAGGGUGACCCCCUCGCGGCCCUUCAGUCACUGCGGCGUGGACUAUGCCGGCCCGUUUCCACUCUGCCGAAGCCGCGGACGGGGACUCCCUACCAUCAAGGGAUACGUGGCGCUUUUCGUGUGCAUGAGCACGAAAGCGAUCCACCUAGAGCUCGUCGACGACCUGACGACGGCCAGCUUCCUCGGAGCCCUCACCCGAUUCAUCGGGAGGAGAGGACGCCCCAACGAGAUCUGGAGCGAUAAUGGCACCAACUUCCGCGGUGCCAGCCUGGAGCUUCGACGACUGCUGCAGGAGGCCGAAAUCGACUGGGGGCUGGUUGAAGGGACGCUAGCACAGGUCGGCGUCUCGUGGAGGUUCAUCCCCCCCGCUGCCCCUCACUUCGGCAGACUCUGGGAGGCCGGCGUGAAGAGCAUGAAGGCCCACCUUCACCGCAUUGCUGCCCCCAAAAAGCUCACCUACGAGGAGUUUACCACACUCCUCAUCUCCAUCGAGGCCACUCUGAACAGCCGACUGCUCGCGCCGCCCACCGGAGACCUCGACGAUCUGGACGCUCUGACACCGAGCCACUUUCUCUUCGGAACCUCUGCCACCUCAAUUCCGCAGCCGCUCCCCGCAACCACCAACCUGGAGAGCACACAGCACUGGGAGCUCGUCCGAGCCAUGCGCGGGCUGUUCUGGGACCGCUGGGGCCGCGAGUACCUGAAUACCCUGCGCCAGCGCCCCAAGUGGAGGACCAUUCGACCUAACCUCCAGGUCGACGACCUUGUGGUCAUAACCGAUCCUACUCUUCUGCGCCCAGAUGGGCGAUGGCCUCUUGGCCAUAUAGUCGCCACCCACCCAGGACCGGAUGGCCUCGUCCGCUCCGCCAAGAUCCGGACCGCCGCCGGGGAGUAUGUACGGCCAGUCGUCAAGCUGGCGCCCCUGCCAGCCCUUGGUCUCAUCGAGCAGCCACCCUAG